UGGUGAAGCAGGAAGGAGGGACAUAUUAUCCAGAUUCAGAGGCAUAAAACAAUGGAGUUAGGCCUGACUGCCUGUGUUUCAGAAUAUAACGUCGUCAAAGAGUAGUUGGAGAAUUAAGCAAUGGCAGCAUCAACAUCAUGGAUGUAUAGUUAUACAGCUGCUGUUCCGCCUAAUCAGAUAAUGUGUUCUUCCGUCAAUCCCAUACCAACAUUCAUCAAUUACAUUACAAAGGAUACCUCCUCUGUUUCUCGUGGUUGCGAGAGAAGAUCGCUACUGAUGAAAACCGGUAUGCUUGCUCUAAGCUUCAUUCCUACUAGUUCGGCUUUAUGUAAAGAAAUCCCUGAAAACUAUAUGGAGUUUGUUGAUAAACAAGACGGCUAUUCUUAUGUUUACCCAUCAGAUUGGAGGGAAUUCGACUUCAUAGCACAUGAUUCUGCAUUUAAAGACAGGUACUUGCAGCUUCAGAAUGUGAGAUUGAGCUUUAUACCUACAGACAAGAAUGACAUCCAUGAUUUGGGUCCAAUGGAAAAUGUAGUUCAAGAUUUAGUGAACAAGGUAUAUGCAGCACCAAACCAAGCGACUUUCAUUAAAGACAUACAAGAGCGUUCAGUCGAUGGAAAAAAUUACUACACUUUUGAGUACAAUCUUACUUCUCCGAAUUUCUCUGUGACUCGUUUCACAACAAUCGCCAUUGCUAAUGGGAGAUAUUACACAUUAACUGUUUCAGCAAACGAUAGAAGAUGGAGGAGAGUCCGAAAUAAGCUUAAAGUUGUUGCUGACUCUUUCAAGGUGUUUGAAAUCUAGUAUAAUUUAUCUGCAUAUAGUUUCUUGUAUUGGAACUGAUAUAUUGGUUCAUGUAGCCGACUCCAAUCUUCUGAAAUUAAGGCUCUGACAUUAUUGUACUUCUAGAAGAAUCAGAGUAUAAUCCUUAAGUCAACUAUACUCAUGUAGCGAUAGCAAAAGGUAUUGCACAUGUAUUUCCAUUUCGAUGUUA